GGCAAGGAGAUCGACGAACGCAGAGCGGAGGGCUAAAUCGGGGAGAGGGCGGCCGUCUCCGUCUCCGUCUCUCCGACGCGCGGCCCCCUCGCCGAGACCAACGGGCCGACGCAACCGAGGCGUGCCAGCGAUCGAGCGGCGUACAAAAAACUGCCUCCUCCUCCUCUCUCGGUCGCGUCGUCGCGUGGCGUGGCGUGGGCGGCGAAUAUUCGAGCGGGAACGGCAUAACACCAUUGCCAGGGGGUACUCCUUUGCGCUCGGCGGCCUGUCGUCUCUCUUCCCUGGCGAUGGCGGCGGCCGCGGAGGCCGUGGGGGAGGAGGUGGAGGCGGCGCGGUGGGCGGAGGAGGAGGAGGAGAGGAAGGAGGGGCUGCGGCGGCGGAGGUACGGGCUGGUGGAGUACCGGGCGCUGCCGGGUUACCUGCGGGACAACGAGUACAUCCUGCGCCAUUACCGCUGCGAGUGGCCGCUCCCCCAGGUGCUCCUCUCCGCCUUCUCCAUCCACAACGAGACCCUCAACGUCUGGACGCACUUGAUAGGAUUUUUCAUCUUUCUUGUUCUUACCAUAUACACCGCAACAAAAGUUCCGAAUGUAGUAGAUCUUCAAAGUCUGCAGCAUUUACCUGAUGUGCUAAGAAAGGCUGAUCUUCAUAAGAUUCAGACAGAGCUUGUGGCAUGCCUUCCUUCGCUACCUCACCUUUCUGACUUGCAAAAGAUGAAGGAUGAAUUGAAGAGUUCGUGGAAUUCUAUUGAGGUGCUUCCAUCACUAUCCCGUUGGCAUCUCUUGGAGUUAGUAUCGAGUUGCUUGCCUCACAGAUUUACUCAUUCCAAUGAGACCAGUCUGUCUGUUCUUCAAAGUAUGAAGGAGGAUAUAGCAAACUUGAUUGCACCACAGUUGAUUCGGCCAAUCCCAAGAUGGCCAUUUUUUGCCUUCUUGGGAGGAGCAAUGUUUUGCCUUCUUGCCAGCAGCACAUGCCAUCUUCUCUCCUGUCACUCCCGUCGCCUUGCUUACAUUAUGCUUCGGCUUGAUUAUGCAGGCAUUGCUGCUCUUAUCGCAACAUCAUUCUACCCUCCAGUGUACUAUUCUUUCAUGUGCUAUCCAUUCUUUUGCAAUCUGUAUCUCAGCUUGAUAACUAUGUUAGGAGUGGCAACUAUUGCUUUCUCUUUACUCCCUGUCUUCCAGAACCCUGAAUUCCGGACCAUACGAGCAUGCCUCUUCUUUGGCAUGGGUGCAUCAGGCGUGAUCCCUGUUAUUCACAAAUUGAUCCUCUUUUGGCACCAACCAGAGGCAUUGCACACUACCGGAUAUGAGGUUCUGAUGGGUCUUUUUUAUGGCAUUGGGGCACUGGUGUAUGCCACUCGGGUACCUGAGCGCUGGAUGCCUGGAAAAUUUGACAUUGCUGGUCAUAGCCACCAGCUCUUUCAUGUGUUAGUUGUUGCUGGAGCUUACACACACUAUCAUGCUGGACUGGUAUACCUCAAGUGGAGAAACCUGCAAGGUUGCUAGUGUCUUUGGGUGCUUGUAGGAAGUGGAUAGAUUGUAGGUGCGCUGCUUGUGUCCGAAAGAGGACUGCACAUUCCCUCUUAUUCUUAAAAAGGGAAAAAAUGAGGAUGAUUGUUGUUAUGGGCCAAAGACAAGACCUCUCUGUUGUAAAUUGUAACGGAUAAUUUGUGACUGAAUAUGAAGUGAUAAUGAGUGAAGAGUGGUACCUGUAAACUUUGGUAGAUGUUUCAAGUUGCCACUCACUUGAUGCA